GGGGGGGAUAUGAUUAUGACAAGGAUCUCACAUACAUUAUAUAAAGGUUUAUCUGAUAUAAUAACAGGGAUAUAUGGAGAAAUUAUACCAGAACCUGCAGAUAUAUUACUGGAUGUCGACACAGCUCAUAACUACCUAAAUAUCUCAGAUGAUAGGAAGACCGCACACAAGACAAAUAAAAAUCUGAAUCGCCCUAAUACACCUGAGAGAUUUCAGGAACGUGAUAUCUCCUCAGGUGUUGAACAGUCAGAGUUUCUCCUCGGGGCGACAUUACUGGGAUGUGGAUGUUGGGGGAUCAUCCCACUGGAGAGUCGGGGUGUGUUACCCCAGUAUAGCCAGGACAGGAGAGAUGUCAGAGACUGGAAAUAAUGAGAAGUCCUGGUGUCUGGAGAGGAACGGUGAUA